GUGCGAAACUAAAUAUUGACAGAAACGUUAAGAACAUUCGAUCUGCUAGUCGAUUACGCGAAGAUUUAUGGCUGACUCAAGCCAAGCCAAGUUGCCAAGAGUAUUCGUUUGAACUCAACUCUCAACCUGUGCCACCUGUCGGGGUUUGUCGUUUAUGUAAAUUAACAGCUUGAGUAUGCUGACAACAGUUCAGCCAUCAUAAUGUGCCCUGGCUGGUUGUCAUUUUUGUUAGAGUCUGCGUUGAUGGGACUAGUUUGUGCUCAACGAGUCGCCGAAUCAAAAUGCCAGGAAUAUCGGAGGCAGACGGUCAUUCGGACCGCAAUCAUUCCUCUGGUGGCCCGACCAGUUCCGGUGUUCCAGGAGAUGUUCAACUGUUCCCCGAGUGCAGUCGAGGUGAUUGUGGGUGGCGUCGAAGCGGAAGAAGCCGAAUUCCCACACCAGGCGCUGAUUGGAUGGAUUUCUUCCUCCAGUCAGCCGGAUGCAGAUUACGAAUUUCUUUGCGGAGGAACUUUGAUAAGUGAACGAUUCGUGCUGACGGCAGCCCAUUGCAGUUAUGCUUUCGAACGGGGCCACCCGAAAGUCGUUCGACUGGGGGAGCACGAUUUGGACAACGAUCUGGACCACCAGGUGGAUGUGAGAAUCGACCAGUUCAUCUUGCAUCCGGAAUGGCGCGUUAAGAGGGCGUACCACGAUUUGGCACUGGUUCGGUUGAAACGAUUCGUCCGGUUUAACCCAUUCAUUCAGCCGGCAUGCCUUUGGACUGGCAACGAGAUCAACUAUACGGUGGCCAUCGCAACCGGAUUCGGCCAGUUGGGGUUUUUGGCCCCACCGUCGUCAAAGUUAAUCAAAGUCCCGCUGGAGUUGGCCACAGCGCAGCAAUGCAACGAGAUAUUUCCCCCGGAUCGACGAAUGCCACGGGGCAUUUCCGGGGGUCAGCUUUGUGCCGGAAGCGCGGAUGGGCGAGACACGUGCAAGGGUGAUUCGGGUGGACCGCUGCAGGUUAAGCUGGAACAAACGGGCUGCCUGUAUCAUGUCAUCGGGGUCACUUCCCGGGGCCAGGAAGCCUGCGGUUACGGCCAGUCGUUCGCUAUUUAUACCCGCAUUUCGGCUUACGUGGAAUGGAUCGAGGAAGUGGUUUGGGGCGACGAUGAUUUCUGGGUGUGGAAUUAAUUCCAGAGGAAAAUCGGACCCGUGUUGGAGGCGAAUUUUGUCAA